AUGACUUCAAAAAGACACAAAAUCGGUGUAAUAGUCGGAAGUCAAAGAGAGCCCCGCGCAGGACUUCAGAUUGCGACAUUCGUGCAAAAUACCCUUCAAGAACUUCAACACUCAGUUGAUCUUAACAUCAUUGAUCUCGCUGUCUGGAAUCUACCGCUAUAUAACGAGCCUGGAAUCCCAUCCCACAUCUCCUCGCCCAAGGAUUACAAACAUGAACAUACCCGACAAUGGUCAAGCGAAAUAGCUUCCUACCAAGCUUUCAUAUUCGUUACGCCUCAGUACAACUGGGGCUAUCCGGCUAGCCUCAAGAAUGCAAUCGAUUAUCUCUUCAAUGAGUGGAAAGGAAAGCCGGCAAUGACUGUAAGCUACGGUGGCCAUGGGGGUGGGAGGGCUGCUGAACAAUUGAAACAAGUCUGCCAAGGACUGCGGAUGCUACCUUUAGACAAAGCGGUUUGUUUGACGUUUCCUGACAAGGACUUUAUGGCCAAAGUCGGCCGUGGAGAAGAUUUGGGUGCGGCUGAGGUGUUUGAUGAGUAUAAACUCGAGAUUCAGCGGCGCUUCAACGAACUAUUGUCCAAUUUAUAA